CUGCCUGCCCUCCGUCCUGACUCCGUCCGCAGAAUCUCCCCCCGGAAGACGCCGACCCCCCAGCCGCAAACAUGGAGGCCAUCAAGAAGAAGAUGCAGAUGUUGAAGCUGGACAAGGAGAACGCCAUCGACCGGGCGGAACAAGCCGAGGCCGACAAGAAGGCUGCGGAGGACAAGUGCAAACAGGUGGAGGAUGAACUGGUGUCUCUGCAGAAGAAGCUCAAAGGCACCGAGGACGAGCUCGACAAAUACUCCGAAGCCCUCAAGGAUGCUCAGGAGAAACUGGAACAGGCGGACAAGAAAGCCACGGAUGCAGAAGGGGAGGUGGCUGCUCUGAACCGCAGGAUCCAGCUGGUGGAAGAGGAAUUGGAUCGGGCCCAGGAGCGCCUCGCUACCGCGUUGCAGAAGCUGGAGGAAGCGGAAAAGGCGGCUGACGAAAGCGAGAGAGGCAUGAAGGUGAUCGAAAACAGAGCCAUGAAGGACGAGGAGAAAAUGGAAAUCCAGGAGAUGCAGCUGAAGGAAGCCAAGCACAUCGCAGAGGAGGCCGACCGCAAAUACGAAGAGGUUGCCCGGAAACUGGUCAUCCUCGAGGGAGAACUGGAAAGAGCGGAAGAGCGGGCCGAGGUUUCCGAAUUGAAAUGCAGCGAUCUUGAAGAGGAACUUAAGAACGUCACCAACAACCUCAAGUCCCUUGAAGCUCAGUCGGAGAAGUACUCUGAAAAAGAGGACAAGUACGAAGAGGAAAUCAAGCUUCUGACCGACAAGCUGAAGGAGGCUGAAACGCGAGCCGAGUUUGCAGAGAGAACGGUUGCCAAACUGGAAAAGACGAUCGAUGACCUGGAAGACGAGCUGUACGCUCAAAAGCUGAAGUACAAAGCGAUCAGCGAGGAGCUAGACCACGCUUUGAACGACAUGACUUCCUUGUAGGAAAAUAAACCGGUCGCCGCGAUCUCUCUCUGCCGGCUCUCCUUCCCUGCCUAAGAACUUGCUGCCUCCGUGUGCCUUCUCCACAAGUUUCCCGAUCUUUUUUUCUGUCUUCUUCUUUUCUGUAAAACUUG